CAGGAAAGAUGGCGGAGGAAAACAUGGGCGAGCUGUUGUUCUGUGACACUUUCAGCCACGAAAAUAAAGAGGACUUGAACCUUGACCUGGUGCAGUUCCCAUGGCCGGUAUGCAUCAGUGAGGUUAGGGUCAUACCCAGGGCAAUGGUAGCCCACCCGGAGCUGCAGGAUCAGGGCAGACUGGGGGAGACCAGCCCAUCUACAUUCAAACUGGAGCUGUUUAUCAAUAACCUGAACAAGCCAGGCUCUGCCGUCUUUGAACAGCUGGGGGUCUUGGAUUACGUAGAUAACUCCAAGAUACAGCUCAUCCCCAGCUCCACGGCCCCCACUGAUGGAGUGGUUCUUCGAGGCUGGUACCACAAAGUGACAGUGGCCAUCUACGGCAUCCUGGCAUCUCACAAGAAGAGGGCGGAGGAGAGAGCCGUCUCGCCCCCUCCGCCUCCCCCUCCUCCCAAGCAGAGCAUCCACGGGUCCAAGCGGGCUGCGGAUGACACCACUGAGUUUUUGGCCCACGAGUUGACACAGAAGCAGCCAAUUCUCCCGCAACAGCAUCACAAGUGGGAAUGGGAACAACAGGAACGUGAGCAGUCUGCGCCACCCAAGAGAGCCCGUUAUGCCGAGCCGGCUGCGGAGACGGAGCGUCACCAACCCCCACCCGCUUCCCACGCCAUUCCCAGCACCGCCAGCCGGAGGGGGCCCAGGACCCCCUCCCCUCCUCCCCCUGCCCAGGAGCAGUGGGAACCCUCCCAGCCCCAUCCCUCGGAGCCCUGGUCCUCGGGGGAUGCGGCCAAGGAGUCUUGGAAGACCCAAGAUACCUGGGAAGCCGGGGAGCCAGAGGAGCAAGGUGGACAGGGCCGCGAGUGGGAGACCAACGACACCUGGGAGACUACGGACACUUGGGAGCCGGGAGAUGCCACCGAGUGGGAGGAGCAAACGACUCCUACCGAGCCACCUUCUCAAAAGCCAUCGUACACGGAUCCAUGGCAUGACGACCACACCCGAUUGCCCGCUACCUCCGGUGGCGGCAGCAGUGGGAGGAGCCAGAAGAAGCACCGCAAACACAGGGGGCCCAGGACUCCACCAGGAGAGCCCCAAGGCUCCCCGUCCCCACCUGACUAUGCCCAGCCGGGCGAGCAGUACCAGGAGUCCAGGCGGCACAGGGAGAGCUCCAGGCGGAGGGGAGGAGACAGCCCCCGCCGGGAGGCGAGGCGAGACAAGGAGUCCAGGAGAGAGGUGGACGCCAGGAGGGACGAGGGCAGACGGGACUCAGAGGAGCCGCCCGUCACCGCCGAACCAGGAGAGAUAGUGCAAGAGACUGCUGAAGUAGAAGAACUCUUUGAGCCACUUACACCAGAAACAUCUCCCAGCCACCAGUUCUCUGAUCGAGAGACCAUGGAAGAUGAUCGGAGCCGAGAACCCACAGAGGAUACGGAAAUGGAGAGCAUCGGCCAACCCUACGAAGAGAUUAGCGAUGAGGAAGGGAUGGACGAAGUAGGAAGUCUGGAUGGCUUGAUGGACACGGAGGGCCUCGAAGUGGAUGGUCUGGAGGGAGAAUCAUGGCCGGACAUUGUGACCUUUGACCCCUUCCAAGUGGAGCUUGUGCCGCUCACUACCUACCCCGCUCCCUAUCCUGUUCCCCAGGACCAGGUCACACCAGCCAAGCACGAUGCCUCCAUGGAGGAUUCCAAAGCUCUGCUGGACGCACUGAAGGAACAUAAGGACAAGGAAUAUGGACCCAGAUGGGUGGCAGCCCUGGAGCCUUUACCAGCCCUUCUCCCCCAGGCCCUGACCGGUCUGGAUGACCGCUCUCUGCUCACCUUGGCCCAGUGGUCAGUGGAGGCCCUCAGCCAGGACAGGGCCAGGGGUCAGCCCAUUGGGGUCAACAUGAGGCAGCUGAAGGCCGGUAUGCGGCUGUCAUCGGCACUGUGCGACUGCGGCCAGCGUGUGGCCGUGAAGCUCUUGGAGCUUGGAGUCUUAGAUGCAUUGAUGAGUCUGCUCUUUGGUGAUCAUGUGGCGUCCUCCUUGAAACUCAUGGCUCUCAAAGCCUUGGACAGUGCCACCAACUGGCGGGAGGGCAUCCAGCGUUUCCUUGGACCUUGUCCCCCAGUGGAUGGGUUAGGCAACGCCCCCAGGACCUACUACCAGCGCCUGGUCAAGCUCCUGCUGUCGGAGCAGACAGUCCGGGUCGUCACGGCAACCACUGCCCUCUUGAAGAAGAUUCAUGUCUACGAGGUGCUGACGACACUCCGGGACACUGUCGAUAGCAUCUUGGACUCGGACGCUGAACCCUCCUCGUCCCCGGCAGUGUCCCUCAAACAGUCCUCCAAGUUUGACUCGGGGGAUCUCGACACCCCCCAGCAGCACUCCUCGGGCCCCGGCACGCCCCUUGAGGGGGAGGUCCUAGGGGACUGCGGGGGCGUGAGCAAUACUGACAUUGAGACCAUCCUGGACUGCCUGCAGGAACUCUGCACAACACUCAGGACAGCCUCCUAUUCUAUCGUACAACCACCGAUCAAGGCUUUCCCCACUACUGCCAAAGUCACCGGGCCACCCAGCUCAGCUGACCCAUACCCAGUGCUGUAUCACAUGUUCCAGACAAGGAAACUCCUGGAAAGUCUCCUGGUGCUAGUGUCUUGCCCUGCCACCUCAGGUAACGAGAGCAUUAUGAGUGCCGCAGUGGAGUUACUCACAGCCAUCAUGAAGUCACUCAAAGGCCUGCUCUUCUUCUCGGCCAACCAAGCGGCCACCAAGGCCCUCUGCCAGUGCCUGACGGCCAGCCUGGAUGAGGACUCCCCGCAGCAGGAGGAUGGGGGAGGGGGCGGGGCCAGCCCCCUGCAGCAGGCCGGCCUGCAGCUGCUGCACAGCCUGGCCUGCCUGCAGUACUGCGACCAGCUGCGGCAGGCUGUGGGCAGGCCUGGUUCGGACUCCUGGGGGCAGGACCCCGACCCCAAUAGCAAUGACGCAGUGGAGGUCCUGCGGGGGCUGUGCUCUGUCAGCUUCGUCACAGCCGGCCGGAUGGCACUGGCCCACGUCUUCACCAUGGGGGACAACCUGGACUGCCUCUUGAGCUUCGUUGAACCUAAAGAGCGAGGAGAGAGCCCGACCAAAUCCAGGAAGACGGCAUCACACGGCUAUGCCAUGCAAGUCCUGUCUUGCGUCGUCCAGUAUAACGAGAACAUUGCUGCACUGAGUACCUACCAGGUCCAACUGGAGCUGGGCUGUAUGGGAGAUGCAGCCUUGUCCAAAUGGUUGAACCCCAUCCGAGGCGUGAAGCUGGACGGUGACUGCAUCAGCAAGAUGAUCGACUACAUCAACAAGGAGAGCGACGAGUUGGGUCACAACCUCCUUGGGGCGGGACCAGGCAUCGUUACCUGCCUGAGGGUGCUGAGACACCUGGCCUGCGCCCCACUGGAUAUGCAGAGAGGAGAUUGCCAGAAGGAUCUUCAGUACAAGCUUGCUGUCAUCCAGCUCUACUCCUCCAGUGCCAUGAACGCUUUCAUUAACAUCAUCAAGAGGCUCGGUGAUCGCCUCUUGCGACCGUGGCAGCAAGGUUACUCCCUUUCAACCACUCAGGUCCACCUGGUAGAAGCCUUGGUGUCACCUGCGCUGCAGCUCGUCAAGGUCAUGCUGUCCGAGCUACUCACGACUGGCUCAGUGCAGUUUAAAGAUGAGCGUCUGGUAACGUGCCUCUUGCCGUUACACACGGUGCUGUGUUCGGUGCCCAGUAGCAUCAUGCUGCCAUCUGACGCUCAGCGGAUCCAGUCCGACAUCAUUGAUAUCCUGUUAAGUUACACAAUGAUGCCGAGCACCCAGCCAGACACUGAGGAAGGUAUUGCAAGCAGUAGCUGGACUGUCAUGCUGAAGGAGGUCCUGCAGUACAUCCAGUCUGCAGCCUGUGCAUACAUCGGUGGGCUGACCGUGCUGUCUGAACUGCUUCCGCUGCCACUUCCCAUGCAGGCGCAGGAGCCGUUGUCAGCCACAGAGGUCCAGCAGGCUCUGAACCUUCGGCGUCUGUGGAGUCUGCACCUUCACUCGGAGAGCGUUCACAUCCAGCAGAUCAUCAAGGACUUGGGAGGUAGCAGUUGUCCCCCACUCCAGCAGAUCUUGCGCAGAGUCUGCUGGCAACUGGCUGACCUGGCCGCACCAACAGCUCUAACAGUUGUCAGGUCCCUGCUGGAUGUCUUGAUUGAGAGCUUAGCCCAGGGGGAGGAGGGAGGCAAGAAGGCACAGCCAGCUGGCGAGACCACCGGCGAGGGGGAGGAAGCCAACAAGAAGACCCAGCCAUGCAACAGCGAUGCGGCUCGCAUUCUGACACUGGUCGUGUAUCUGGUGUCUCAGCCUGCCAUCAAGGCCCCGUUGCUGCAUCUCUUCCGAUCAAGUUUGAAGUCUGAUGAGAAGUACUCUGAACUGUUGCCAUGGCUACUGUCUUUAUUGAAUGUUGUGUCAGACUCGUCGUUCCAUCUCCAGGCACAGGAAUGCAUCGUGGCUCUGCUGCAGUCCAUCUGCGGUCCAGAGAUCACCCUCCUCUCCACGGACACCCUGUCAGUCAACGAGCAGCUGGCCAAUAGCCUGCCGGGCAAGGAGCACAUGGAGAUGAUCUGCUCCGCCCUGCUGGAUCACGUGACCAGCCCUGACCAGUCAUAUGCCAGCAUCCUGCCGUCGCUGCGGACCCUGUCCAUGCUGCUGGACCACGACUAUGGCUUCCUCUUUGUGAAAUGUGCGCUGGACAAGACCCCGGGCGCCUUCCACUCCCUCUUCACCCGUCUCCAGACCUCCUUCCACAAGGACAGCUCCGACUACCUGUCCACCCUCUCCACCGCCUUGGACCUGCUGCAGAUGCUGCUGACCGUGGAGGGCGGGGGGCCGUCGUCUGAGGGAGAGCAGGAGCCCUGCCCCGAGGAGGGAGGGGCAGGCGGCAGCAGCGCUGGGCUCUACAGGACCAAGGCGCUGAGUGCGGCGCAGCUGAAGGAGUACCUUGUGUGGGGUGGCAAGACGCACCCGGUCAGCCAGCUGGAGAAGACGCUCAUUGAAUGCUGCAAGGAGGACGAGAUCCUGGAGAGUCUCCUGGAUAGCAUCAGCGGCCUGAUCCAGACCCUGGACUCCCCCGAGGAGCCCGACCCGGCCAAGACCGGUCCUGGUCAGUCUCAUCGUUCCCUGCUCCUGCAAGAGGUCACCCUGCCGGCCCCGCUCAGCUUCUCGGAGCAGUUCAGCGCCCGCAUGGUGUUCUUUAUUGGGGAUGGGGAGGACGACCGGCUCAAUGCGGGCUUCUGGCUGGGGCCGCCGGGGCUCGACGAUGGGGACAUUGAGCCUGAUAUGGUUCCAUGUGACCUGGAGGAACUUCGGUUGACCUACUUACCCGACUUGGAUCUGAGAGCAGAACUGGAGAAAGAUCUGAGUGCUGAGAACUUACCCCGAGAAAAGGACCAGAAGAAGAGGAGUGGUAGAAGACGAUACGAGUCCCUGACCUCACGAUCCCAGUACCGCUUCAACUACGGCAUCAAGAGAGCCCAUAAUCAAUCUUCCAACUACGGCCGUCAGAUGCCGGGUCGGAGUGGUCGGGGCUAUGACCUCUUCCGCCAGCGUGCCCAGAACACCAGCCGACCCCCCUCCAUGCACGUUGAUGAUUUCCUGGCAGCACAGGCCAUCGAAACUACAGAUACCAAGAAACCCCAGAGGGGACCACCGCAGGGUCGCAGUGGGCGAGGAGGGAACUUCAUGGGUGGUGGUGGAGGUGGUGGCGGUGGCGGAGGGGAGUAA